UGUCAAAACAAAACAAUCUGUACUCAAUUAUUUAUUUUACGAUUGAAAAAUCAACAUUUGUCAUAAUUAUUUAAUGGUACUAGUUCUAUUUUAUUGUAAUUACAUAAAGAAAGAAUAUAAACAUUAAUACGGACAGUGAAUAAGUGCUGUGCGCAAUGACUGAACAACAACCUAAGUCGGAGUCCGAAGAAUCCAAUCGGAUGUGGGCGAGCGCUUCCUUCGUGGGUGUGCUCAUCAUCAUCGGUCUACCGUUAUGGUGGAAGACCACCGAAGUGUACAGGGUAGCACUGCCCUACGACAAGAUCAGUGCCUUCAACGAGCUGCCAAGCGUGAUCGCUUCCGAGCUGACGAUCCUCGCCAAUGACCAGCAGACCGCGGCAGAAGUAGCUAGCUUCAUACAGAAGGCUUUCCAGGACGAAGACAUCCUCAACAUAACAAUCAAAAAGUCAGUGCUAUCAGACGACCUCCACCGCACCUUAGAAUCGGUGUCUGACGAGCAAGAUAUCUUGAAGCGAGUGGCAGCGAGCGUCGACCUGACCAGUCACAACCAGUUCCACUUGGUACAGAGACGGCCACUGAAGCAAGAUGUGUGGUUGGCUGGAGAGAGGGUUAUGUUCUUCAAAGAUGCCAAGGCAUCACCAACCCUGGUCCAAGCGCUCAAGCAAUGGGUAUACCAGACCAAGGUCCUCCAAGGCGCUCGCUCAGAAGUAGCUGAUGCAGCACGCCGCACGCGCUUCCCGCCUGGUGCAGCGUACCACGUGGUGUUGUCCGUGAUACACCCCAGGCCUGACCAGCUCGAGGUGCAGUUCAACGCUAAGGAUGCUGUCGAAGAUUACAUCGGCUCCUUCGUGGACGAGCUCAGCGAGCUUCACAACUUCACCCUAAAGUCGCAGUGGCUGUAUCUGCUAGACUUCGACUUCAAAGCCAAAGAGAUAAAAGACAACAGCGAAUGGGGCCGCCAUUUUGCGGUUCGUAAAGAGCGUCUUCAUCUCCUCCUUACGAGCUUGGAGGAGCGCGCGGCGACACACGUAUCGCCCCUGCCGACCCUGAACCUGGUGCUCUACGCCGCGCCCUGCAAGACUUCACCACUGCUCAUACACGACGAGGGAGGCAACCCCAUACAAUCCCCGGUCCAAGCCUUUAUGUCCCCUAAAUGGGGGGGCGUGGUGUUGGCCAGCCCGCCGCCGGCCGCGUGCGCCGCCGCCGCCUGGGCGCCCGACGCGCGCCCGCUCAUGGGCACCUUCGUCGCACAGCUGAGGACGCUUCUGGGGGUGCCUGACAUGUCCAUGUCCCCCAAAUGGGUGGUGCUGUGGGGCCCGCCGCCGGCCGCGUGCGCCGCCGCCGCCUGGGCGCCCGACGCGCGUCCGCUCAUGGGCACCUUCGUCGCGCAGCUGAGGACGCUGCUGGGGGUGCCUGACAUGUCCAUGUCCCGCAAGUGGGGCGGCGUGGUGCUGGUGGGCCCGCCGCCGGCCGCGUGCGCCGCCGCCGCCUGGGCGCCCGACGCGCGCCCGCUCAUGGGCACCUUCGUGGCGCAGCUGAGGACGCUGCUGGGGGUGCCUGAUAUGUCCAUGUCCCGCAAGUGGGGCGGCGUGGUGCUGGUGGGCCCGCCGCCGGCCGCGUGCGCCGCCGCCGCCUGGGCGCCCGACGCGCGCCCGCUCAUGGGCACCUUCGUCGCGCAGCUGAGGACGCUUCUAGGAGUACCUGAUAUGUCCAUGUCCCGCAAGUGGGGCGGCGUGGUGCUGGUGGGCCCGCCGCCGGCCGCGUGCGCCGCCGCCGCCUGGGCGCCCGACGCGCGUCCGCUCAUGGGCACCUUCGUCGCCCAGCUGAGGACGCUUCUAGGAGUACCUGAUAUGCUGAGGACGCUGCUGGGAGUGCCUGAUAUGGUGACGGUCCCGGGUGCAUUCUUGGUGCCGCUACGAGCGGUGUCCCCGCGACGUUGGGAGGUGGACGCGUUGCUGCGUAUGCGCACGCUAGAACAGCUCACCAACGCUCAGCGGACGCUGCUCUCGCUCGCACAGCUGCUGGGUGAAAUCUCCAACAUCGUAAUAAACGACGAAGUGGGGGCUUCCAUAAACGCAGCCGUGGACAGCAUCCACCGCGCCAACGAGCUGGCUGCCCAAGGGAAACUGCUGGAGGCCUACCGCGAGUCGCUGCGAGCGCACGCAGCGGCUGAAAGCGCUUUUAUGGAGCCCAGUCUACUGGCGUUAUUGUACUUCCCUGAUGACCAGAAAUACGCGAUCUACAUCCCUCUGUUCCUGCCGAUCAUGUUCCCGGUCGUGCUGUCUCUGAAGAACCUGCUGCUCUGGCUGCGCGGCAAGCCGUCUAAGAUCAAGACCGACUAGAGUGUACACCAAAUAAUAUAAUUAUAUAGUUGUGAAUACAUUUAUUUAUUAGGGAAUUUUGUGUAUUUAUUUAUAUUUGGUUAUUAUAAACCUUUACAAUGAGA